UCAUCCUCUAGUCACGUGAUCAUGCCACAUUUUUCUGGUCUCGUUGGGUUCCCAAUAUUUUCCCCUUCAUUCUGAUUUUCACUCUCUCUUCCUUUUUUUUUUUCUUACUUUUUCCAUAUUUCCUUAUCCAAAAAGACUUUCACCAAAGGAGCCUAAAUAUUUGAUUCUGGUUUCUUUCUUCUCACUUUCGAAACACUGUUCUUGUCUCUAUGGCGCAACCGGUUCAAGUUCCACCAACCAUGGUCUGCCACGUGGUAGCGGUGCCAUACCCAGGACGAGGUCACGUGAAUCCGAUGAUGAACCUCUGCAAGUUGCUACUCUCCAAAAACUCUCAAAUCCGCGUAACCUUCGUGGUCACCGAAGAAUGGCUCGGCUUCAUCGGCUCCGACUCCAAGCCCGACAACAUCCGAUUCGCCACAAUCCCCAACGUUAUUCCCUCCGAAGAGAGUCGAGCCAACGACUUCGUCACGUUUCUUGAAGCUGUUAUGACCAAAAUGGAAGAUCCUUUUGAAGAGUUGCUCAACCGCCUCCACCCGCCGCCGACAGUAAUCAUAUACGACACUUACCUCUUCUGGGUGGUUCGCCUCGCCAACGCCAGAAACAUUCCCGUGGCGUCGUUUUGGCCCAUGUCCGCGUCGUUUUUCGCCGUGCUCAAACAUUUCCAUCUUCUCCGACGAAACGGCCACUACCCAGUAAACGUAUCAGAAGAUGGUGAGAAACGUGUGGAUUAUAUUCCGGGGAACUCAUCAAUUCGCCUGGCAGAUUUUCCUCUCAAUGAUGAAAGUUGGCGUAGUCGAAGAUUGUUGGAAUUGGCUUUGAAUGUUAUACCGUGGGUGCAGAAAGCACAAUAUCUUUUAUUCCCCACCAUAUAUGAACUUGAGCCUCAAGCCAUUGAUGCUUUGAAAGCAGAGUUCUCCAUACCCAUUUACACUGUUGGCCCUGCCAUACCUUGUUUUGAUAAUGCCCGCAUUGAUGCCUCUAAACAUGGCUACUUUCAAUGGCUUGACAACCAACCUUCUGCCUCUGUGUUGUACAUUUCUCAAGGGAGUUUUCUUUCGGUUUCUAAUGAACAAUUUGAUGAAAUUGCUGCUGGUGUGGGUGAUAGUGGUGUUCCUUUCUUGUGGGUACAACCCAGAGAAAAUGGUAGGUUGAAAGAGUUGUGUGGGGAUAAAGGACUGGUUUUGCCAUGGUGUGAUCAAUUGAAGGUAUUGCAGCAUCCUGCAAUUGGGGGAUUUUGGUCUCAUUGUGGAUGGAAUUCUACUAGGGAAGGUGUUUUUAGUGGUGUUCCUUUUUUGGCAUUCCCUAUAUUUAUGGACCAACCCCUUAAUGGUAAGUUUAUUGUGGAGGAAUGGAAGGUGGGGUGGAGGGUGAAAAGGGAGGUAAAAGAAGACACUUUGAUCAGAAAAGAUGAAAUUUCUAGUCUUAUAAGAAAAUUCAUGGAUUUGAAUGGUGAUGAAGUGAUGAGAAAAAGAAGCAGAGAGCUGAAACUGUUAUGCCAUACUGCAAUUGCAAGUGGAGGAUCAUCAGAAACUGAUAUCACUGCUUUUCUUUCAAACAUAUUAAAUGUGCCAAACUAGAGUAAGAAUGUUGGUUUUAUUUUAAACCUUCAAUUCCGUUUUCGAGAAAGCUUAAGUACUCUAUUGAGUUUGUGUUAUUCUCUAAUCAUUUUUAAAUA